GGCGAGGCGGCGCGCCCGGGCGGCGGCGCCCCGGCCGGGGGCGAGGCGCCGGGGCGCGCGCCCGAGGCCUCCGCGGGCCCCGGGCCGGAGAACGCGACGGAGGAGCUGGCGCCCGCUCCCGAGCGACCGCGCGGAGCCGGCCACCAGCGGAAGCGCCGGGGCAGCGGGGCCGCGGCGGUCGAGUGCCCAGCGUGCGCGCGGAGCGAGCGCGACGUGCCCGACGUGGUCAUCCCGUUCUACGAGCGCGACCUGUGCAAGGUCGGGUACACAGUGAAGUCGAUCGCCGUGCACGACCGCAACGGCACCCUGGGCGCUGUGAUCCUCAUGUGGGUGUCCAAGCAGCCGAUGGCCGCGUUCCAGGGCGAGAUCGACAAGGUCGAGGCGUCCCUUGCCGGCUCCCAUAGGGUGAAGGUCUUGGACUUCUCCCCGCAGGUGAACUCGGUGGGCGUGGGGGGAUGGUUCGCCCAGCAGGUCUUCAAGCUGAAGGUGGCGUCGCUGGUGAGCUCAGAUUUUUACGUCGUUCUAGACAGCAAGAACACGCUGAUCCGAGAUAUCGAGCCCGAGCUGUUCUUCACGCCCUGCAAUCAGGGCAAGAUCUUCGGGGAGUUCGAGCCCAAUGGCAUUCCCGAGCCGCAUUCGGCCUGGUACGAGGCGUCCGCCCGAGUGCUGAAUGUGCCGCCCCCGCUGGAGGCUGGCGGCAAGUGGCCCACCUCCAUCACGCCGAUGCUGAUGCACACGCAGACGGUGCUGGAGAUGCUGGCCUCCAUCGGCGAGGACCCGGACGUGGGCGCGCUGUGCCAGGGCCCUCUGUGCGACAUGCUGGGCGUGCACUCCGGUUCUGGCGCCACCGAGUUCACCAUGUACGUGCUCGCUGCCCGUGCGAGGCCAGAGAUGGAGUGCGACAUCGCCGUGGUGGAGCCCGACGCAGCCAACCCCCCGGCGAUCUCGCUGUGGAGAGGAGAGAGCGACGGGGGCCAGAGGAGGAUCAACGAGGACAACUGCCGCGACAUCUCCAGCGGCAAGACAACUCCGUUUAUGUUCGGGGCGCAGUUCCAGUCCCUGGACGGCCUCGACGACGCUGGCAGCACCACGGUCGAGGCUGAGAUGGUCCACAUCUUCACGCGGGCGAGGCUGCACAAUGCCUCCCUGACGUCCACAGACGCACUCAUCCAGUGCGUGGCGGGCGACAUGGAGGGCCGCGCGGGGCCGGUGUACGACCUGCCCGGCAGCGGCAGCGGCAGCGACGGCGGCGAGGACGACGGGGCGCCUCCGGAGCCCUUCUGCUGCACGGGCGCCUCGGACGCGGGGGACGCCUGCGGCACCUGCUACCCGGGCGCCCGCGAGGGGCCCGACAGCUUCUGCGGCGCCUCGGCGGACCGGUGCCUGCAGUGCGGCUCGGCCUCCUGGUGCGAGGGCGCGGCGGCGGCCGCCGCGGCGCACAUCACCAUGGUGGAGCACGGCCGCGCGGCGCCCGCGCUUCGGCGGGGCGCGCCCAGGGCUGCGUACUGGGCCGGCGGGGCUGUCGCCGCCGUGGCCGCCUUCUCGCUGGCCGCCGUCGCCCGGCGCGCGGCGCCACGCGCCGCGCGGCGGGUGGCGUACGAGAAUUUGGCUGAGGCGUGCUGAGCGUCACCCUUGCUGGCCUGGGGUGGAAUUCGUGCUGGAAUUCGGCGUGGCCUGAGCGUCAGCUGGAAUUCGUGCUCUCUCUUCGACGGGGCGUGGAAUUGGCGUGUGCCAGACUGCUCCCAUGCGUGCCUCUGGCCGCGCCGGCUCGUCGCGCGUGCGGCUUGACCUCCCAUCUGCGGCCAAUCGCGGCUCCAGGGAUUGGUGCCAGCGCUCGUUCCUGGCUUGUCCUGAGUUCGAGCUGUGCCAGUGAGCGCGCCCUGGGCUGUAAGCUUUGCGGAGCCCGCGCGCGCGGCUUGGAGGAGUUCGGGGACAGAGCGGGCCACCAGCCACCGAUGGAUGGGAGAGUUUCGCAAUAAUUCGGUGCACAUUGAUAUGAUUCCUUGUUAGUGUGCUCUGGCAGUUAAUCCAGUCGCGCUGCCGCGCAUAUUGGCUGCCGCGCUUGGGGGAGCUGCUUUAGCGUAUCAACGCUUUGCAGAAGCGUUGCACGGCCGAGGUGUUGAUGCUUACCACUGUGCUUCCAGGGGCCUUUGGGGCCUCCGCGGGUUCGCAU